ACUUCGGAUUGUGCUCGGGUGGGACGAAAACCAGGAGGAGGCGGCGGCCAAUGCUUCAAGCAGUUCAAUAGCGUCACAUACCAUCUCCAAAUCUCAACCCAGGUAACCAUUCUUUACUCUUUCCACCAAAUGAACAAGCUUAUUUUUCUCAAACAAAUCAAAUGCUUCGUUUAAUUUGCAUAAAACUGCCCAAACAAUUGAAGCACAAAGCUUUAUCCCUUACCCAUGGCCACUUCUUCUCAACCUCCUCUGUCAAAUCCAUCGCAGAGCUCCCUAAUUCCAAGGACCCACAACUUCUAACAGUUUCCUUCCUCCAAAACUCAUGUGGGUUAUCCUUGGAACCAGCCAUUUCAGCUUCCAAGAAGCUCAAGAUUGAGAACACAAAGAAUCCCAACUCAGUUCUGGACCUGUUGAGAACUCACGGUUUAACUCAGACCCACAUCAGAAACUUAAUUAGCAGUCGUCCACGAUUGCUAUUGGCUGAUUUAGACAAUACCCUUAAGCCCAACAUGGAGUUGUUUGAAUCCUUGGGGUUUUCUAGCACUAGCCUCGCCAAAAUGCUUAUCAAAUACCCAACUGUGCUUGAAAGUGAUGCAUACACUGUGGUUGAGUUCUUUAGAGCACGUGGUUUCAGAGAUGAGCAAAUAUCAACUUUGACCAUGAAGCGUCCGGAAUUCUAUUUAUAUGAUGCGCACAAGAUCUUGAAGCCAAAGUUUGAGUUUUUCAAAUCUUUGGGCUUGUCGGAUCUUGAAAUUACAAAGCUUUUAUCCACGAAGCCUUCUAUUCUAGCAAGGAGCCUCGAAAAGCAAAUCAUUCCUUGUGUUCAAGAGCUUAGGCGGAUUCUUGGCACUGAGGAGAAUGUCUUAAAGGCUAUAAAGGCAGGCUGCGGCCGCGGGUUAAUUGAAGCAAAUGUGGAAAAAGUGCUCAAGCCCAACUUGUCGUUGUUGAUAAACCAUGGUGUGCCCCAUUCAUUAGCUUUGAAACUGUUGCUUUUAAGAUCAAAUCCACUGCUCAUGUCCACUUAUCGGUUUAGUGAGAUUGUUAGUGAAGUUAUGAAAUUGGGUUUUGAUCCCAAUAAUCUGCAAUUUGUUAUAGCCAUCCAUUCCAUGGCAAUGAGUAAGACACUGUGGGAGCGAAAGGUGGAAGCUUUUAAAAGUUUUGGUUUGUCAAAGGAUGAGAUCUAUUCAGCAUUUAAAAGGCAGCCAUUGUUUAUGCUUGUUUCAGAGAAGAAGAUCCAGAAAUCGAUGGGUUUCUUUGUGAACAAAGUAAAGAUGAAGCCUUCGCUAAUUCCCAAGAAUCAUUAUCUUUUACUGUAUAGCUUGGAAAAGAGGAUUAUUCCGAGGUGUUCAGUUCUGCAACUUUUGAUUUCAAAGAGGUUGAUCAAGGAAAAUACUAACAUUUUUCAUGCAAUCAGAAUGAGUGAGAACAAAUUCGUGGAGAAGUUAGUGAGCAAGUAUCAAAAUGAGGUCCCUGAUGUUGUUAGAGCGCACCAAGGGAAGAUAGAAUUUCAAGGUUUCCCCAUUGAUUUGAAAAUGUGAGUAUUAUGAGAUCAUCGAAUGCUCUGCAUGGGCAUUGCCCAAAAAUCAUGCAUUCAGUUUGAGUUCAUUAUGUUGGCAGUGGGCUGUUUUCUUCAUCUAAAGCAAUAAAUUCCAGAUGUUUUGCAUUAGCUUCAUAUAGUUUAAUGCAUCUGCAUUACAGUCAUACAGUUCAGGAGAUGGAAAUCCUGGAGUACCCUGAUUACUCGGGAGGAUGAUGUAAUUUGCAAAAGUAGUUCAAAUGUGAAGGCAUUCUAGGAUGUUCAAGAAUGCGAGGCCUUAUGAUCAUAUUUUAUCAUAUGCAACUGUUUGAGAUCUGUGAGGAAAAACACUGAAGACAUCUUUCUCACUCAUCUUAUAUUUUGGUUUUGGUCUUCCUCACUCACCUUGUCCAAAGUUUAUGCAUUUGGAUCCUGAGAUGAGCCGGUUAGUUUAAGCGGAAUGUCAAAAUUGUCCAAAAAAAUAUUAAAGGAUAACUUUGCCCUUAUUUUUAUACUAACGGGCUCCUCUCAAGUUGAUUUAAUCUAAAGAAGAUCAUUGUCCAAA